AUGGGCCAAGAAAAUAUGGAAUUACUCGUACAAGGUUUAGAACCAAAUCCAAUUUGGAUAAAAGGGAAGAUUCAUGUAACUAUAGCUGAUAAUGAUAAUGAAAAACCAUCGAAUUCAAAAGCACCUGUUGCUCAAAUGACCAUCAUCGAAAAAGUCGACAAACGCAUUAUCGCGAUUCCAUUGAAUUCUAUUGUAUCGAUUCAGGGAGAAAAUCUCAAAACAACAUUGACAAAGAAAAUCGUAAAACCUAUUUUACAAAUCUAUUACAAAAACAAGUCGAAUUCAAAUUGUCAAGGUGUUAUGAAAUAUCUGACAUUUGGAAUCACUUGGGUGCCAUCAUACAACUUGAACCUGAUGGCCCCUUCUGAAUCAAGCGUAAAAAAUCUACGAUUGUCUAUGAAAUGCGUUAUGAUGAACGAUAUUGAAGAUGUCAAUAUCAAAGGUCUAUUUUGUAUUGUCGGUCAUCCAAAUUUGUCAAAAUAUAUUGAUGUUAUCGAUCCAAUAUUCAAUACACAAUCGGCGAAAGAAUUUCUUGAUCAACUCGCUAGAUGUGAUUUACCAUCAUCAUCAUCAUGGUUAUCGCCGUCAUAUCAGAACGCCAACACAAGAUUUAAUCCUCGGAUGAACACAUCCAACUAUGUUGUGGUACCAACGGACGAUGAAGAUGUAAUUAUCAAUCAUGAUGCAAAUGACGAUUUUCAUUUAUAUAAAUUUCACGACGUUUUACUUGAACAAAAUGAAAAAUUAUCGUUGCCUAUAUUUGAUAUCGAAAUACCAUAUAAAGAUAUUUAUCACUGUAAAAUCAAUCCAAACAAAGAGUCAACUAAGCAUUCAGAUUCAACCCCUGGGUAUGGUGAUCACACAAUAACUGCUGAGGUAUGAUAUUACUUUUAAUUCAGUAAAAAGAGCGCAUUUAUCAUUUUUCAACUCUUGCUAGUUCAUUGUGUUUGAUACCUCAGUGACAAAUCAUUACUUUGUGUACCAAUCAGAGAUACCCUUAAGAAUUUGUCUAAUUUAUCGCUCUUCUAAGAGUGAUGUCAUUCAAUUCAUGAAUAAGGCGUGGAUGUAAGUAUUGUCGUCAAGGUGAAGUUACCCGCUUUACUCACACACAUACCCUUUCAGCUAAGUUCAACAUAUUCAUUAGAAUGCUGUACUUGCCACUCAUACGGGACUUGUAAUUGCUGUUAUGCAAUUUUAUGAUAUUCAUUACAAACUGUUGACCAUAUUUUCAAUUUAUUUUAAUAAGAAUUGUUCAGUGAAAUUCUCUAUCUGUUCAUAGGUUUGGCAUUCAGUUGAAUUUGACAACACAUCCGGUCAUACUUUAACUACGGCUCCAGUCUCAAUUACAGGUGACAAUCAUCAGUUUAUCUGCCAAGAGAGUUUGCCAUUUACAUUGAAAAACAAUCCGGUCUUUAUCCAUUUAACCAAAGCGCCUAGUAUUCGCGUAACGUUUGAAGAAAAAGCUCCGAGUGAUGGUCCAUCAGUAGAUUCUUUACCUGUAACAAUUUUCGAUCAAAAGUAUGUCAAAGAGCAGUGGGAUGGAAUCAUAAUGGUUAUUAAUGGCAAAAAGGAAUCUGUAACAGUAGUUGUCAAAAUUAAAUUGCAUGGGGAAUUAUCCUAUUACUCGGUACAACCCAAAACUGAUACAAUUCAAACAGGACAUAAUCUGGCAAAUCAAUCGCAUGAUGUCAGAUGGGACAUUCCACUUGAAUCACAACAAAGACAACAGAUAAGAUACACCAGAAUUUUCAAUCGAUCAAUAGAUCCAUCUAAGUCAUUGAUGGUAUCCCACCCAACCUCCAAAUAUGACGACGACGAUUUUUGACAUACCAUGAUUUUUGCAUGAUAUAUGAAUAUAAACGCAUAGAUAAUAAAAGGCGGAAAACAUAAUGAUAUCAGGUUUAAUGAGUGUAAAUAGAAAGUUAUACGCAAUACGUAGAUGAACAAAAGUAAUGUAGAGCACUGAAAAAGCAGAGUGUGGGUGUGGGUGUGGGUGUGAGGUGGGGUGUGGGGUGUGGGUGUGGGUGUGGGUGUGGGUGUGGGGUGUGGGUGUGGGUGUGG